AUGCUUGCGGUGGACUUCUGCCAUAAGCGGGGCGUGGUCAAUCGGGACCUGAACCCGGAAAACAUCCUGCUGACGGGCGCGGCGGCGGCGCCGUCACGCCGCCGGGCUGGCAGCCGGGGCUGCGCGCACGAGGGGGUGGGGGAGGGCUGGCGCAAGCUGGUGGGGCGUGGGGCAGACGCAGCGCCCACCCCUGGGGUCCCGCAGUCGCGCCUAGGCGUGCUUGGGGACAUCAUCCACCCGUCCAACUUCCGGUCCCUCGAUCUGUCCUCUGACCUCCAGAUGAUCCCCCAGCUGCCGCUGCCGGUGGUCAAGAUCUGCGACUUUGGAUCCAGCAAGCGCGACGGCUACGCGGCCGCGUUCGCCAAAGCCGGGACCCUCUGCUACAACGCCCCGGAGGUGCUUCUCAACGCUGACCGGGCCGCCGCCUACGACUCGCGCCCGGCUGACGUGUGGUCGUGCGGGGUCAUCCUGUAUGUGCUGCUGACCGGCAGCGUCCCCUUUGGCACCUUUGAAGACACCACCGGCGCGCCGCCGCCGGCAGACGUCUCGUUCCGCGUCCUGGCGCACAUGGUGGGCGGCCACUACGCGCUGCCCCCGGAUGUGCCCGCCUCUGAUGGCUGCCGGCAGCUGCUGGCGCGCAUGCUGCGGCCCAACCCCGCGGAGCGCAUCACCGUAGACGAGAUCCUGCAGGACCUCCCGUGA